CAGAACAGGGCCACCAAAAUUUAAAAUACGGCCCUGCUCUGGAGAAUGGAGUUAAAUCUUCAGCUGAAGAAAAGCAGAAUGUUAAAAAGCUGUGCAUUGACUAUUGGGUGGAGAAGGCAGAAACAGGAAUCCACUUUUAUGGUGAUGUUUUACACACUGAUAACCAAAUAAGGCGUGCACGCUGUUGGUUUCCUUGCAUGGAUGACAAUUUGCAGCGCUGCUGCUAUGAUUUGGAGUUCACAGUAGCCAGUAAUCUUGUUGCAAUUAGCUCUGGGACUUUACUUUAUCAGGUCUUGAGCAAAGAUGAUCCUUCGUGUAAAACAUUUGUCUAUAGAUUAGACGUUCCUGUUACGGCUGGAUGGAUAUCCUUGACCAUAGAGACAAGGAUUAAACUUGCUUAUGCUCUUGCAAGACAAUGGUUUGGAGUAUAUAUCACCUCUGAAACACCAAAUGAUGAUUGGUUGUUGGAUGGCCUUGCUGGAUUUUUAACCGAUACAUUUAUUAAGAGAUUCCUGGGAAAUAAUGAAGCACGAUAUCGGCGGUACAAGAUUGUUGAUGCUCUUUACUAUAACCCUUCAUUUACGCUGAGCAUACUGCAAAAGCUUGGUGUUGCUACAGAGAUCUUCAAUCUUUGGUUCCAUAUGCUACAACAAACUAAAAAAAGUGGAGCUCGGGCUAAUUCUAAAAGGGAGCAUGAGAAGAAGGUUUCCUACUUGGGCUUGACAUCAUUGCUCAGUCUUCCUGCACAAGGAGCAACUUACUGUGCAUGGUGCUUCUAGACUACAUCAAGGUGAACGAUGCUGAGCUACAAGGAGACAAGAAUAUAGAAGAAUGCAUCGUUUGGUAUGAAGAAAACAUACUGCCCGGGAACAACAUCAUUGAAGCCUUUAACUACUAUGUGAUUGGGCAGGUAUGCAAAGAUUAUGCAAUUAGUGAUAAUUUUGAUGAAAUCAAGAAGCAUGUCAGCCAUGUGUUAGAAGA